CCUCGACUCCUCUAAGUAUGUACCCGCUACGCCACGGCGCCGGCCCUGACUCCUCUAAGUAUGUACCCGCUACGCCAGGCGCCGGGCCCCGACUCCUCUAAGUAUGUACCCGCUACGCCAGGCGCCGGGCCCCGACUCCUCUAAGCAUUUACCCGCUACGCCAGGUGCCGGGCCCCGACUCCUCUAAGCAUUUACCCGCUACGCCACGGCGCCGGGCCCCGACUCCUCUAAGUAUUUACCCGCUACGCCACGGCGCCGGGCCCCGACUCCUCUAAGCAUUUACCCGCUACGCCAGGCGCCGGGCCCCGACUCCUCUAAGCAUUUACCCGCUACGCCACGGCGCCGGGCCCCGACUCCUCUAAGCAUUUACCCGCUACGCCAGGGCGCCGGGCCCUGACCCCUCUAAGCAUUUACCCGCUACGCCAGGCGCCGGGCCCCGACUCCUCUAAGCAUUUACCCGCUACGCCAGGCGCCGGGCCCCGACUCCUCUAAGUAUUUACCCGCUACGCCAGGCGCCGGGCCCCGACUCCUCUAAGCAUUUACCCGCUACGCCAGGCGCCGGGCCCGACUCCUAAGCAUUUUCUGUGCAUGCAAUCGUGUCUUCUGCGGCUGAGGAGCCGUGUCCUCCUUGCCGGCCUCUGACUUCCUGCUUCGUGCCCUGGCGGUCCGGUUCCGCAGUGCUGAGUCGGAGGGUGAGGCCGAGCUUGUGGCACUGACUCUCCCCCCGAAGCAUAUGCAGCCACUCAGGCACAGAGACCCCCGAGGGGCCUGCCCUGGGGACGGAGAACCAUGGCACCCAGACGCGGGCCUCGCUGGCUUUCCCUUCAGUCUCUGCAUCCCCACAGACCCCUUGAGCUUGCAGACGAUCAGCCACGGGAGGGUGUGCCAGAGAAGCCGCCUCGCGCCCCUGCCCCGUGGCAAGCCAGUGUCUCCGGAGUUCUUGGAGCUGCUCAGGCAGAUGACUGGGGCCCAGGGUGGGAGUGUGAGAGCCCCACGUGUGGCUGGCCGGGCAGCAGCAUGGGUAACAGCCAGGGGUGCUGUGCCUCACCCUGAGGGACUUGUGGGCCCUGAGCCCCUGCCUGUGGGGUCUGGUGCCCCCUCCAGGCAGACGGUGGCUGAGUCCAGCUGGCGUCUGUGCUGCAGACAGAAGGAUUGGUCACGCUGGUGGGGGACACUGUGCACCCUCAGGUCAGGGCAUCUUCUAUGUGCGUGUGGGGUGUGUUUCCUUUCUUAAGGUUUAUUUAUUUAUUUGAAAGGCAGAGUUAAAGAGACAAGGAGAGAGAGAGAGAGAGAUCUUGCGUCUGCUGGUUCACUCUCUAAAUGGCUGUAACGGCCAGGGCUGGGCCAGGCAGGAGCCAGGAUCCGGGAGCGUCUUGCGGGUCUCCCACGCGGGUGCAGGGCCCAAGCACUUGGGCCGUCUGCUGCUUUCCCAGGUGCGUUAGCAGGCAGCUGUGCACUCGCCCUGCGUUUCCCCUCCCCCACCUCUGGUGACUUCUGCCUGUGUCCCCUCAGUGCCUGUCUGAUACGUGUCUGUCUUUUCUGUCUGAUGUGCUUGUAGCAUGUGGCAGAACUGCAUGCCUCUGGGGGCUGUGUGUGGGCUGUCCCCACCUUGCAGCCGCCGUGGGUGGUGCGCAGUGCUGCUUCCCAGUCUCCCUCCCGUGGGGUCUUCCGUGUGGGGGCUGCUCCCCCGGGUGGUCUGGAUCAGGGUCUCUGAGGCCAUAGUCACACUGUCAGCCCUGGCUGUGCCAACCGAAGGCUCCCCCGCGUCCGAGACGGCUCAGGGCUGUGGCUGCCGCCCAGAACCCACCCAAGUGUCCUGAGACUUGGUGGCUACUUCCUGCUCCCAGAGAGGGCUGAGAGGAUGCUGCCGUGCCUUGGCAUCAGGUGCCAACCCUCCUGCCGUACUAGACUGUGCGUGGGGCAGAGUCCAGCCCUCACGGAUGGGCCAGCCCCUGCACUCCGAAGUAUUGACCCGCUACGCCUCUUAAAGGGAGGCUGUCACGGGACCUCCGAGGCCACUGCAUCGCACCAGGCGUGCACGUGGCACCAAGUGCCGUGGCUUUAGAAGAUAGCUGAGUGGGGACCGCGCUGUGGCACAGUAGAUAAAGGCGACACCAGCAUCCCUUAUGGGCGCUGGUUCAAGUCCAGCUGCUCCACUUCCCAUCCAGCUCCCUGCUAAUGCACCUGGGAGGGCAGCGGAAGAUGGCCAAUGCUCAGGCCCCUGCACCCACGUGGGAGACCUGAAGAAGCUCCUGGCUCCUGACUCCAGCCUGGCCCAGCCCCGGCUGUGGCAGCCAUUUGGGGAGUGAGCCAGCAGAUGGGAAACUUCUCUCUCUGACUUUCAAAUAAAUAAAUACAUUUUUAAAAAAGAAGAUAAUAGAGGAAAUUCUUUGGAAAGGUGCCUCACCUCCUUGAUGCUCAGACAAGCAAAUGGAAACCACAGGGAGAUACCCCUAACCUGUGUGGUGCUGGCACGGGACACGUGUCCCUACAGACGUAAAUGGGGGAGUUCAGAUGGCUGCAUCCACGGUGGAAGGCUGUUUUGUUUCGUUUUAAAGAUUUAUUUAUUUUAUUUGAAAGAGUUGCUUUUAGAGGAGAGACGAGAGAGACAGAGAGAGAGAGAGAGGUCUUCCAUCCAGUGGUUCACUCCCCCCAAGUGGCUGCAAUGUCUGGGGCUCAGCCAGGAAGAGCCAGGAGCCAGGAGCUUCCCCUGGGUCUCCCACGUGGGUGCAGAGCCCCAAGGACCUGAGCCGUCCACUGCCCUCCCAGGUGCACCAGCAGGGAGCGGGAUCAGAAGUGAAGCACCUGGGAUGCUAACUGGCGCCCACACGGCCGCUGGCACUGCAGGCGGCAGCCCCAGAAGGCUGCUGGGGUACUCACUGGGCACCAGGACUCAAGGGCAGGACAUCCUAGCCCUGGCCCAAGCAGGAAGUGCCCUGGUGUCCGUCCCAGGUAGGGGUGUGAGUAAGGAGAGCCAUCGUCAGUUCCUGGGAGGAGACUCAGGAGCCCAUGAGCAGGUGAGGGAGAGAACGGGGUGAUUCCUGCUGCGGGAGGUGGGGCCUUCACCUCUGAGCUCUGGGAGAGCCAUAAGAAAACCAGGGUGGGACUGCUGUCCUGCGGUGUGGGCAGGGAUCUCGGUGUGGGGUGUGGGGAGGGGUUGCUGACAUCGGCUGGGUGAGGGUCCUGGUGUGGGCUGGGCAGUGGCCUGCAGGUGGUCUGUGUGCUGGUCUCGCAGUGUUGUGUGGGAGGCACUGUGUGUGUCUGUGGCCUGUGUCACAGUGACAGGGAUGUUAAGGGGGCAGUGCUGAUACACUGGGGGAAUUCGGGGUGCCUGUCCUGCACCUACAGAGGCCAGGCUCCCAGGGCUGAUGUGUGGUCACCUGGCCAGACUUCUGGGACAGGCCUUUGUGGUGGGGGCACAGGGCAGUGAGGAGCUUGGGCCAUCUCCAGGGCUGACGUCAACCAUCCACACGGGGGCACUAGAGGGUGCCCGUGCCUGUGCUCUUGCCCCUCGACCUGCAGGGUCUCUUCCCUCCACCUGUUCAGAUGGGCUGUGUGGGGCGUCCCCAGGGAGCCUGUGCUCCUGGCGCCUGGGGCACGGCCCCUUCUGCUGUCCUUGGGCCUUGUUCCUCAUCCACUGCAGGGCCGUUCCAUCUUGGGCCCAGCUCCCCUCCCGAGGGUUGCCUCCUGCCCAACAGUGGUUCUUGGUGGUGGAAAGUUGUGUGUCACACCGUGGCUUGCGUGGUCACUCUGCGGAGGUGGCCGUGGACUCAUGGGAGCAGUGAAGAUGGCCCGAGUGCUUGGCCCCUGGCACCCAUGUGGGAGAGCAGAUGGAGUCCUGGUUUUGGCCUGGCUCCGACCUGGCUGUCGUGGCCAUUUCAAGGAUGAGCCAGCAGCAAGAGCCCUCUGUCUGUCUCUUUGCCUUUCAAAAUACAUGAAUGAAUACUUUGUUCUGAAAGCAGAAUUAGGGCUGGCUUUGGCACCGUGUAGGUCGCCCCUUGGGGGUCCUGUAUCCUCCACAGAGUCCACAGUUCUGUCCUCACUGCUCUGCUUCCCGCUGGCGCACACCCUGGGAGGCAGCCGCGGCUGGUUCUGGGAGCUGGGUCCCUGCUGGCCGCGGGGGUGUCUGGGAGCUGGGUCCCUGCUGGCCGCGGGGGAGGCGCAGAUUCGGUUCCAGGUUCCCUGCUUUGGCCUGGCCCAGCCCCAGCUGCUUUGGGUUUGGGAAGUGAACUGGGAAAGAAGCUCCCUCUCUGUGUCUCUGCCUCUCAACAUGAGCUCCAACAGUUCAAGGCAGUGUGUAGGUGAUGAUUCCAGCCAUGUACGGGGGCCUGGAAUUCCGCCACGUCCUAUGUUACAACUGCAGGGAGAGACGCUACACAGUCUUCCGAAUCAGAAAGCGGAAGUCCCAGGAGCCAGAGCAGAGCCCAAGGCAGAGGCCUGGGGACUCCGUGUAACCCUGGUUAAACUGCCCUUGUCAGCUGGGAGAGGAGCGGCAGCACCACGCCCUGGAGCACGGCUCCCAGGGAGCGGAGUGUGGCCGUCCUCCCUGGGGUGUCUUCCCUGUGUACUGAGGCUGUCCGUCCUCCCUGGGGUGUCCUCCCUGUGUACUGAGGCUGUGCCGUCCUCCCUGGGGUGUCUUCCCUGUGUACUGAGGCUGUCCGUCCUCCCUGGGGUGUCUUCCCUGAGUACUGAGGCUGUGCCGUCCUCCCUGGGGUGUCUUCCCUGUGUACUCUCUUUCUCUGCGUCUCCUCUCUGUGUAACUUAGACUUUCAAAUAAAUAAAUACAUUUAAAAAAAACAGAAAGGGGUUAGCCACGUCCCUGAGAUGGUACAGCACGCGGACGCAGUGGUCAGGCCGUCCUGUGAAGUGCGGGUGCAUCUUGUACCUUUUGCUGCCUAGAACACAGCUUUGAGCUUUUAUGAUUCUGCAGACCAUUUUCUAAAAUGCACAAAAUGUGGUGCGGUCCUAAUCCAAGUUAGGGAUUUAUAGAGCCCUGCGACUAUAGCAUCCUUUUGUUUCCACAUCUUUGUAUGGUAUUUUAUCACCUAAGAUUUUCUACAACCUUUGGUUGUGUAGCACUUUCUCAAGAGCUCUGUCAGUAUCAAUACAAAAUAAUUUUUUUUUUGACAGGCAGAGUGGACAGUGAGAGAGAGACAGAGAGAAAGGUCUUCCUUUGCCGUUGGUUCAUCCUCCAAUGGCCGCUGCCGCUGGCACACCGCACUGAUCCGAAGCCAGGAGCCACGUGCUUCUCCUGGUCUCCCAUGCAGGUGCAGGGCCCAAGCACUUGGGCCAUCCUCCACUGCACUCCCGGGCCACAACAGAGAGCUGGCCUGGAAGAGGGGCAACCGGGACAGAAUCCAGUGCCCCGACCGGGACUAGAACCCGGGGUGCCGGCGCCGCAGGUGGAGGAUUAACCUAUUGAGCCGCAGCGCCGGCCAACAAAGUAAUUUUUAAAAUGAUUUAAUAGGUAUUCAUGUAGGUGGCAGGGACCCACACACUCGGGCCGUAUUCUGCUGCCUUCCUGUGUGCAUUAGCAGAGAGCUGGACUCUGAUGUGUGAUGUUGGCAUUGCUGGUGGUGGCUUGACCCACUGUGCCACGAGGCCAGCCCCUCGAUUGAUGUUUGCUGUUGCUUCAGUUUUUUUGUUUUUUGUUUUUGUUUUUUUUUUGAUUUAUUUCAUUUAUUUGAAAGGCAGAGUUACAGAGAGAAAGACAAAGAUCUUCCUACAGCUGGUUCACUCCCUAAUGGCUGUAACAGCCAGGUCGAAGCCAGGAGCUUCAUCCAGGUGGGUGCAGGGGCCCAAAGACCUGGGGCAUUUUCCACUGCUUUCUGAGGUGCAUUAGCAGGGAGCUGGGUUGGAAGUGGAGCAGCUGGAUCUCAAACUGGUGCCCAUAUGGGAUGCAGGCGGCGGCUUUACCCGCUACGCCAUAGCACCGGCCCUCUUCUGUUUUUACCAGAAUCCGUGUUGCUCUGGGAGGGACUCUACUCAAGCACUUGACCAUCUUCACUGCUUUUCCAGGUGCAUUAACAGGGAGCUGGAUCUGAGGUGGAGCAGCGGGGGCUUGAACUGCCGCUCCAGCCUGGGCUUAGCCUGCUGUGCCAUGACGCUGGCCUCUGCGUGUUCUUGAUUAACUGCCUGGCUGCUUUCCCGAUGGCUGUCCUGGCCUGCACCCCACCAGCAGCAAGUGGGUCUCUCUGGGUCCCCGCCUGGCCUGGAGGGGUGGCAUGGGCCUCUUCGCUUCGUGCCUGUUGGCCUCCUUAGUGGAGUGCCCUUCGUAUCCUUGACCGUGCUCCAGUGGAUGUCGGUUGUUAUUAGAACGGGGGAGAGUCCAGACCCAAUGCUCUCCUGUAUGGUUGGAGGAACCGAUCACCCUGGCUGUCCUGCUGCCUCUUGGAGUCGGAAACCAGAGCUGGAACCUCAGGCACAGGCGUGUUGAGGCAGGGUGUGCGUUCCCAGGGGGCCUGGAGCUGCCGCACACCUGCAAGGCUCCUCCGGGGCUGGGCUUGCUUCCUCGACACUCGUGGUCUCCAGGGUGUGUCUGUGAUGUCUUAGGGGCUGUCUGGAGUGCAGAGGGAGCGAGGGGCCCCUGCCUGCCUCUGCCUCUUGGGUCACCUCCUGGGCCUGUCCCCGGCUGGCCUCCCCUCUCAUCUUCCGCCUGCUCCUCAGUCCAGCGCGCUUGCUUUGGGGUGUGCAGGCCACAGUUCCUGCAAGGAGGUUUCGCAGGGUCUGAUCACAUGUAUCCUUGUUCCAAGAGCCUCCUGUGGUCCGGGUGGCCUGCUAGGCAGGAGAUUCUGUGUGCUCCCCCGGGUGUCAGGGCCUCACACACUCCCUUGUACGUGCUUGCUUUUCCAGGGUCUGACCUAAGGUCAUCUGCUGGCCCCAAGCAACCCUGGCUCUGGACAGUUGCUUCCCAGGGCUCCCGGUUGGACAACCCUGAGGGCCCCUCUGCCCUGUCCCCACUUCCUUGUGUGUGGUUUUUUUCUUUUCAAAGAUUGUUUUAUUUGAAAGGCAGAGAGUGAGGGAGAGAAGACAGGGGUCUUCCAUCUGCUGGUUCACGCCCAGAUGGCUAUAGUGGCCAGGUCUGGUCCAGGCUGAAGCCAGGAGCUUUAUCUGGGUCUCUUGGGCCCAAGCACUUGGGCUAUCUUCUGCUGCUUUUCCCAGGCUAUUAACAGGGAGCUGGAUCAGAAGUGGAGCAGCCAGGACUCAAAUAGGUGCCCAUAUGGGAUGCCAGUGUUGCGGGAGGUGCCUUACCCGCUACACCACAACACUUACCCCCCCACACACCAGGUGCUUUUAAAAUUAUAUUUUCAUUUUAUUUGAAAGGCAAAAAAGUCGUCUGUUGGUUCACUCCCAAAUUCCUGUAACACAGCUGGACCAGAGUCAGGAGCUGGGAUCUCCGCUGGGUCUUGUAUGGAGGUGGCAGGGACUCACGUACUGGAGCUGUCACCUGCUGCCUCCCAGGGUGCACAUUAGCAGGACUUGCACUGGCACCCGCGUAUAGGACGCCCAUGUUCUGGUCGGCAGCUUCACGGCUGUACCACGUGCCAGGCGCCUGCUUAAUUGAAUCGUUUGUUUUUAAGAUUUAUUUGAAAGGCAGACGACAGAGAGAACAUGCACUUCUGUCCGCUGAUUUUCUCCCUAAAUGCUUGCAACAGCUGAAGCCAGGACCGCAGAGCUCCAUCCUGAGUUCUCACGUGGAUGCAGGGGCCCAAGGACUUGGAGCCUCGUCCCCUGCUUUCCCAGGUGCCUUAGCGGGAAGCUGGACUGGAAGUGAGGCAGCCGGGGCUUGGACCAGUGUUCUGAUGUGGGAUGUGGGCGCCCCCAGUGGUGGCCUAACCCCCUGUGCUGCAGUGCCCAUCAGGCCUGUCUGGUGAGACCCUUGGUGGACAUUUAGGGCAUUUCCAGUGUUUUGUCAUGGACGCGGCGCUGGCAUCGAGUGGCCAGAGGGUAUUCCAGGUGUCAUGUGUGGAUGGAGCUGGAGGGCCCCCCCGGGGCAGGCCUGGCCGGAGCCACAGUGGUGAGGGUCCUGCACCAGCUCCCUGAGCGGCCGCCACCCUGCCUCCUGGGCCGCAGAGCUGCAACGCCACACGUGUCUGAGGUCCCUGGGCCUCUUGCCUCUUGAGUGGACCAUGCAGACCACAGGGAGUCCUGGCCCUGAGCUUAUCCAUGCCUUGGCUGGGCUGCGUCGUGCCUGCCUGUCCUCAGACACACGCAGGAGGCUGAGAUUCCGAGUGUAUCCUCAGCAGACCUGCUGGUUAGUGAGGAGACAGGCUGGGCCAAAGAGCGCCCCGGAGCCCAGCCACCCCCCUUGCCGGACACUGCUGUUCCUGUCAGGGACAUGAGUGGCGGAGUGUUUAGUGGUGAUGGGAGAGGGAUGGCUAGCAGUUGGCUGCAGGCGCCUCCUGUCUAGCCCUUCAGACUGUCUGGGAAUGGUGACCCUGGUGGGAGGUCAGAUGCUGGGCCUUGCUGGUGAGGCCUAGUGCGUGCCCUGUUUCCCUGUGUAGAGGAGGGUGGGGCUGCAGCUGCUCCCGGUGCAAGGCGAGGUGUGUCUGUCCUGGGGCUGCUGAAGGCCACUGGCCCUGCGUGCAGACGGAGGGCACGGCCAGAGCCUUUCAGCGUCGCACGCGCGCGACUUGCCUGGGCUCAGAGCUGAGGCGUGGAAGACAUGGGCCAGAUCCUGCCUGUGCAGCAUUGCGGGGGUCUCUGGGGGCCGGUGGGGGAGCUGCCUGUGCACUCGCCGGGUGCCGGGACUGUGGCCACCGACGGGGCCUCCCGGCUCUGUGCUGUGGGUGUCUGUCUUGCGGCUGGGAAGCCAUCCUUGGUGAAGUGCGGGCAGCAAGGUUCAGGUAGGCAUGAGGUGGUUUGGCUGUCCUGUCCCCGCUGGGGCUGGCCCUGGUCAGCGAGGCCAGGCAGGCCGAGUUUGGGGAAGUGGAUGUGUUGUGGGAAGCUGGGCCCUGAGGCUCACCAUGGGGGGCCCAGCCCUGCCUGGGCCUGCCUGGGCCCCUUUGCCGUUCGAGCAGGCAGUGGGCCCCAGAGCGGGGCAGGGGCCUGCGCAGGUUUGUGUACAGUGUGCUUUCGGGCCGCUCCGCCAGGAGUCCCAGAGUCUCGGUGCUGCCUCUAGCGUCUCACAGGUGCCUUCCAGUGUGGAGGCCAGAGCACAGUGGGGGCUGUGCCUCGGGUGCUGUGUGCGGGUGCUCCAUGUGGGUGCUCUGCGGGGGGGGUGCUCUGUGUGUGGGUGCUCCAUGGGGGGUGCUCUGUGUGG